UAAAUACUACUAGUAGUGUAUAAUCAUUUGUAAGCAGAUUGUCAAUGAUCUUACAAGAUCUUUUGAUUGCAAGAUCACAGGACUUGAGGCUCUCAUUAUUCUCCUCCUUUGAGGUAGUCUUGUGUCUUCAAUGCUUCUAGAAGCUCUCUGAAGUGUGAACAAUGCAUGUGGGCCUCGGCCCAGGGCCCACAAAGGCAGCCACACCGAAGAAGAAGAAGAGACCACUUGCUUGGGCUUGGAGUGAUGGACCCGCUUCCCGCCUAUAAAUUCACGCCGCGGCGGCGACGCUAGGUUUGGCCGCGCCGCAACCGAAGCGCCACCACGCCACGCCGCGCUUGGACCGAUGGCGAGGUCGACCACGCCGACGCCGGCGUCCCCCUCCGUCUGCCGCCGCGUCAGGCUCUCAUCCGGCGCCGGUGCACGCUCGCCGCCGCCGCCCACGCGCCAGCCGAAUGGCGGCGGCCUCCUCCCGUCCGCCUUCCGCGUCGCGCUCCCCCACGCCACGGCCGCCGUCGUGUCGUCGUCGCGCGGCGGCGGCGGCCUCGGCGCGCGCAGCAGGAGGAGGGAGUGCGCGUGCUCGCCCACCACGCACCCGGGCUCCUUCCGGUGCGCGCUGCACCGGGGCGCGGCGUCGCCGUCGCGUCCCUCCGUGGCGGCGGCGUGCGGCGGGCUGCGCGAGGACGCGAGGAGGUCGGCGAUGGCGAACUCGCUGGUGCGCAUCGCGGCGGUGGAGGGCGGCGACCACGUCCGCCGCGCCGUGGCGGCGCUCAUCCGCCCGUCCUCCCACCACCAGCGCCGCCGCGCCGCCUUCCGCCCGCGCCCCAGCCGCCUCUCCGCCAUGUCCGCCGCCGCCGCCGCCUCGUCGCCAUGAGCACAAACCGCGAAUCCGUCACGCCUCCUACGAUCUCAACCAAUGGCAAUUUUGAAUCCUUGUAUGCCCCUGUUUCUCGCCGGAGAUUUUUGUACUGUUCAUAGUAGAGUGCAUCUCAUCUCUUCGUCAAAUCUCAACAUGUUGUUCAUUAUUACUACUAGCAUUAGUAGAACAUUGUGUCAACAAUUUCUUUGUUCUUUAUUAAUUCGAUCCGUGGAUGGAAAUUUAACCAAAAGCCUCC